AUGUCGUCGGCUCGUGCUGCGAUCACACGGCUAGGUCAGAUUGGUGCACCUCGUUCCGUAGAGACGACUCGAGGACGAGCGAUUCGGUGCUUCAGCGACGACAAAGGUCGAGUGCUCAGCGAAGAGGAACGCGCGAAAGAGAGCAUAAUCCAGAGGACAGCAAGCCUUGAGUUCAUCACUCGCCCUAGCAUCCAGGUCAUAAGGCAAGCGAUACUGAAAAAAUAA